AUGGAACCUUCAAAUCAGUCAUGUGUUUCUGAAUUUGUUCUUGUUGGAUUGACAUACACUCCUGAAGUUCAGCCACUCAUCUGCAGCUUGUUCCUCACUAUGUACUUUGUCACCAUCCUGGGAAACAUGCUCAUUAUCUUGGCAGUCGUUUCUGACUCUCGCCUCCAUACCCCCAUGUACUUCUUCAUCACCAAUCUUUCCUUCACUGACAUCUGUAUAAGCACAACAACAAUUCCAAAGUUGCUUGUGAAUAUUCAAUCACAGGAUCAGAGCAUCACCUACAGAGGCUGCAUGUCCCAGGUAUGUUUUGUCUUGAUUUUUGGUGGAUUAGAAAGUUGUCUCCUUGCAGUGAUGGCUUAUGACCGCUACGUGGCCAUCUGUCAACCUCUGAGGUACACAGUCAUCAUGACCCAGUGCUUCUGUGUCCUACUGGUUCUUCUCUCCCUGACCAUUAGUACUAUGAACGCACUACUCCACAGUUUGAUGUUACUGCAGCUAUCCUUCUGUACAAAACAGAAUAUCUCCCACUUCUUCUGUGAACUUGUGCAGGUCAUCAAGCUCGCCUGCUCUGAUGCCUUUGUCAAUACUCUCCUUAUAUAUACAGUGACUAGUGUAUUAGCUGGUGUUCCUCUGGCUGGGAUUAUUUUCUCUUAUACUAAAAUUGUGUCCUCUAUUCUUAAGAUCUCAUCAGCCCAGGGAAGGAAUAAAGCCUUUUCCACCUGUGGCUCUCAUCUCUCAGUGGUGUGCUUGUUCUAUGGGACAGCUUUUGGAGUAUAUAUGAGUUCUGCAGUUGCUGACUCUUCCAUUAAGAACAUAGUCUCUUCUAUGUUGUAUAUUGUGGUCCCUCAAAUGUUGAACCCUUUUAUCUACAGUUUGAGGAACAGAGAAAUGAAACAAGCAGUGAGACACCUCAUCUUUUCUGUGAUUUUGUCAUCUUCAUGA